UUCGCCUCAAAAGUGCCUUCCACGGUGCGAAGUCUGCUUUUCUCCUUUUUCCUUUCAAGAUGGCAUUCUUGAAAUGUCUUUUCUCUGUAAAGAAUGAACUGAUCCUCUUUUUAACUCCGUUACUUCUUCUUCCACUGCCGUUAGUGAUCGGGACACAGGUGGCAGAAUGUGGUUAUGUGAUAAUCCUGAUGGCAGUGUACUGGUGCACAGAGGUUCUACCUCUGGCUGUAACCGCUUUGCUUCCAGCUCUCCUUUUCCCUUUGUUUGGCAUCAUGGAGUCCAAAGAUGUGUGUAUGCAGUACCUAAAGGACACAAACAUGUUGUUUGUUGGAGGACUCAUGGUUGCUGUAGCCGUGGAGCACUGGAAUCUGCACAAGCGCAUAGCUUUGAGGGUGCUGCUCAUUGUUGGUGUGCGUCCAGCACUACUGAUGAUGGGCUUCAUGGGUGUAACAGCGUUCUUAUCCAUGUGGAUCAGUAAUACCGCUACCACAGCUAUGAUGGUGCCAAUUGUGCAAGCAGUGCUGGAACAGCUAAACACCAGUGAGGCAGAAAUGCCUCAAAUUUUCAGCUCGGAUGAGCAGGUCCAAACAUCAGAGACUGACAAUAAAGCUGAUUCACAAACAGAGAAACAGAAUGAGGGACAAGGCCCAGUAGUAGUGACUUUCUUAGAUGCCACGGCUGAGGCUGUCAGGCAUAAGGAGGCAGCAGAACGGCGGAGAAUGUGUAAAGGCAUGACCCUGUGUGUUUGUUAUGCUGCCAGCAUCGGAGGAACAGCCACACUGACAGGAACUGGUCCCAACCUGGUGCUCAUGGGCCAGAUGAGCCAAUUGUUUCCUGAAAACGGGGACAUUAUUAACUUUGCGUCCUGGUUCGGUUUUGCCUUCCCCAACAUGAUCAUCAUGCUCACACUGGCAUGGCUUUGGCUGCAGUUUGUCUUCAUGGGAUUCAACUUUAAGAAGACAUGGGGCUGUGGGGCUGUGAAGACAGAGAAGGACAUUGCUGCAUAUAAUGUGAUCCGUGAACAGCAUCGCCUGCUGGGGCCGAUGUCCUUUGGAGAGAUAAGCGUCCUGUGUCUCUUCAUUUUGCUCGUGUUGCUGUGGUUCACAAGGGAUCCAGGCUUUGUCAGUGGCUGGGCAACAGAUAUCUUCAACUCCCAAGCAGAGUAUGUAUCAGAUGCCACGGUGGCAGUCUUUGUCGCAGUCCUUCUCUUUGUUCUGCCCUCCAAACCUCCGCGCUUGUGUUCUUUUAGGACUCAUAGUUUUGACAUGGCACCUCAUCAAACUGCUGGCCCAACACCUCGUCUCCUCACCUGGAAAGCUGCCCAAAAGAAAUUACCUUGGGGUAUUGUGCUUCUUCUUGGAGGAGGGUUUGCUCUGGCUAAGGGCAGUGAAGUGUCUGGACUAUCAAAGUGGAUGGGAGAUCAGAUGGCUCCUCUGCAAAGCAUCCCUCCCUGGGCAAUUGCCAUUGUCAUAUGCCUGCUGAUUGCCACCUUCACAGAAUGCACCAGUAAUGUAGCCACUGCAACGCUCUUCCUACCCGUCUUAGCCUCGAUGUCUCAGUCCAUUGGAAUCAACCCGCUGUACGUCAUGGUUCCUUGUACCCUAAGUGCCUCAUUUGCCUUCAUGCUGCCAGUCGCAACUCCUCCCAAUGCCAUAGUCUUCUCUUAUGGAUACCUUAAGGUUGCUGACAUGGCCAGGACAGGAUUCGUCAUGAACAUCAUUGGCAUUCUUUGCAUUACACUGGCCAUUAACAGCUGGGGUAAAGCAAUGUUUCACCUAGACUCUGUCCCUGCCUGGGCCAAUGCCACUGGGGUAUGAGACUGGCUCUGCAGUCAGAGAGGAUCCAUGCACAAGCCUACCCACAGGUGCCAGACUAAGACCUGUGGACAGAGGGAUGGUACUGGACCACGCAGUGAGAUGCAUGUGUCCAAUUGGAGUUAGGACACAAGUCUCAUGAGGCUCGUUUUGAUUGACACUUGAGUGAAAAAAAGUGGUGAUCUAUAACAUUAGGGAGAAAAAUGGUUCAAUUACAUGAAAAUAUUUAUAAAAUGUAUAUCAUAAUGAUGUUAAACUUCAAAGAAGUUUAGAUCUCUUAUAUAGACCUAUUACACUAUUUGAAUCUCUUAUAAUACACAUUUCUGUUAUUCAGUACAAUGGAAUAACUGACACUAUAGUGUCUGUAAAUGUACGCUCCUUAUAUCCUUAAGUGAACCAAAUGACAUCUUAUUUUCCUUUUAUCAAAGAAAAUUAGAGGAAAAGGAGCCAUUCAUAUAGUCAAAGUUAUUUAACAUGUACCCAUGUGUUUAUAGCAAUAAGCCAUAUUGUAUAUCUUGGUGAUGUAAGUUGAAAAAAUUUGACGUAUUUCUUUUUUAUUUAAUUUUCCUUCUAUGCCACUUCUGCUUUACUUUACAAUAUUUAAGAGAAAGCUAUUUUCACAUUCACAUUUGUCGGACAGCUCCAGUAACUGGUUACCUUUCAGAUUUUACACUGAAAGAAAUCUGUGGUUUUGUAAAAUAUUAUGCAUUGAUACCUUGAUAAUGAAUAUAAAGUUUAAUACUAUUAGUCCCGCAUUGAAGUGAUAGAAAAAAACUUUACUUGUUAAUACAUUAGCAGUAAUUAUCCGUUAACUUUCCAUAUAAUAUGACACUGACAAGAGCAAUUCAGCUGCUUAAUUAUUACUUUUACUACUGAUACAUUUUUGGGUCAAAAUAUGUAUUUUCAUAAAUAAAAUACUCUAUUUUCGGACAUUUAAGGAGCGGAUUAUAAGGCGCAAUAUCAAUAAAUGGGUCUAUUUUCAUACAUAAGGUGCACAGGAUUAUAAGGCGCAUUAAACAAAACGUGACUGAUAGCCUUGAGUUUGAAAUCCGCUUUGUAAGCAUGUCUCUUAACAGGUGCCAUUUUUGGGUCCUUUUACACACAACAAUAUUACUUGGAAGCACAGUACGUAUCACUCCGCCAGGCUCCUGACUACGGUAGCCGUAAUGCUCAGACAAUCCAUCAAGUAGUACGUUCAAGUCGUACUAAAAUAUUUUGACAGAUUUUUAAGCGCCGUGUACCACAUAAAAUCGGUUUCAGGUCAGUAAGCACAACCAGAAUUAAUACAUAAGCCACACCGAUUAUAAGGGACACUGUCGAUUUUUGAGAAAAUUAAAGGAUUUUGAGUGCGCCUUAUAGUCCAAAAAAUACAGUUUUAAAUAUUGAAUGCUUUUUUGGUUGUAUUUUGGGCAACUUAAAAAAUAUAUAAACUGCAAUAUUUUCUCAAUCACUCCUUUGCCAUACAGAAGACUUUGCAAGUGAACAUUUCUUAAGAGAUUUUAGGUAACAAAAGGUAAUGGCUAGGUUGGUGAACUUGGUAUUAAUCAGUUCAGAGCUAAUACUGUAUGUGCUGAAUCAGACUUUCAAACUGGCUAUGAAUAAAGAUUUCCCUUUUUGCGCUUUUUACAUUCAAACUGAGUUCUUUAAGGCAUAUAUUUGAUUUGGAUAUUAAACUUUCUGUCUCAUUAAAGCAAAACCUGUAUGUAACGUGUACAAAAAGGAUGACUUAUUGUACUGUAAACACAUUUGAAAUGUACAGUAUAGUUUGUCUUACAGCAAUAUUAAUUGUAAAUGAAUUGAAAUGAAGUGGUAUUUAGUAAUAACCGCAUAUAGUUUAAUAUUCUCUUCAGUUUCAAGACUUUUGUACAUGUCAAUUUAUAUAAAAAUAAAUAAAUAAUACAAACA